UCGGGAGGGAAAUUGGAAACAAAUAAUCAUAAAUUCACUAUAAUUACGGAUGGGAUUCUCUUAACUUGUGUUGCUGUGUUUGCGAAUGUUCCUUUAUACUUACUAAGUGUUUUUGAGUUCCAUAUCCGGACUAAGAACGCGGAAUUUAAGUUUAUUUUUUCUCCAAGAGGGGACGUGGUGGUUGAAAGGUAGAGGAACCACCCCUCUGACUAUCGUUGAAGUGAUAAGACUUUAAUUUCUCCGAUGACUGCUAAUCAUCAUAAACUUAUCAACAAAUCUAGCGACAGAUCAAGCCAGGGUGUUAACAAAAGGGGGAAGAAGAUUCGAAUCUGUAUUGAGAGAGACUACAAGCACCGAAGGCCAUAAGUCAAGGUCGAUAUAAGUACUUACGUCGUCAAACGCCAAUUCAACCCCGGCAGAGCUCCAGCCAUGGACGAGAGAGAGACGUCGGGCGCCCCAGGAGUGGCCAUUCGCUCGAGCCACGGCUGGGUGUCUUGGGUGAGCGAGGAGGACGUCCGGAGGGUGCUCACGUGGGACCUCGUGUUGGCUGCGGUGAGGCGUGCCCUCGAGGGGGUAUCUAGGGGCCCGAACCACCCCUCGGGCGCCGUGCAACCCCUGCGUACCCACGUGCCCGCCGCUGGACGUGGGCAAAUGCUAAUAAUGCCUGGCUUUGUGAACGAAGAUGCAGCUCUGUCUACCAAAGUACUCCAAGUUUUCCCUGGUUUUCAUCACUCGUACAUCUUCCUCUUCCAUCCAACUGAGGGACGUCUUCAGGCAAUGAUAGAAGGAGAUGCAAUCACAGAAAUGAGAACAGCUGCUGCAUCUGCUUUAGCUACAAUGGAACUGCACCCUGUUUUGGAAAGUGAGGCACACCAUGAAAUUGUAGCUGUGCUUGGGGCUGGUAAGCAGGCUUGCGUCCAUGCACAAGUAAUGGCUCACUGCUACAAAGGUGCGAAGAUUCGAAUCUGGGCACGGAGGCCUGAAGCUGCUGAAGCUUUGGUACUACAGUUACGGUCAGAGGGUAUUUGUGCUGAAUCAUCAACUACAGUGCAAGAGGCUGUGAAAGACGCAGAUAUCAUUAACAUUUGUACCGGAGCAGCUAUCUCAAUCCUGAAGGGGGAAUGGGUCAAGCCAGGAGCCCAUGUGAAUAGUAUUGGUGCUCUUCGUCCCAACUGCCAAGAAAUGGAUGAAGCACUAGUCAAAAGUGCAACCAUUUAUACUGAUAGCCGUGAACAAGCCCUUGCUGGAGCUGGAGAUAUCAUUAAAACUGGGGCGACAAUCACAGCAGAAAUAGGUGAAGUGCUCCUCGGUCAACAUGCACCACCGAAAAACUGCACGACCAUCUUCAAGUCUCUUGGACUAGGCGUGCAAGAUAGUGUUUGUGCUCGGUUGGUUUAUGAUCGUCUAUUGGCAGAGACGGAGUGAUGUUCCUAAUUAAAGAUUUGAACCACAAUCGUUUAGGUUAAUGCUACUAGAUGAUAAAUAGUAAAAGGGUAAAGUAAAGUUUUGAAUAAAGUUAAGUUUUGAAUAAAGUUAACACAAUUUUGUCUGCUGUUGGAAAUUAUUUAUAUUUUGUAGAUUAUAUUGAGGUAGAUACUGUUCUGAACUAUAUUGGUAUGAUACUAAUAAACUUAUUUUUGCAUUUUUUUUGUGUACAUGAAAUUGGUGAUAAAAACAUUAAUUUGUAUAAAAUAAUGCAAAUCAAUUAUAACUAUGAGUGUACUAUACAUGGGAAAAGAAAAAGAUAGAAAAAAAAGUGACAGUUGAUAUUAUACAAUUAAUCAAUUUUGAAAAUACAUGCCAUGGGCACUGUGA